CUCCUCCUGCUCCUCCCGGUAGGAGCGCCGCGUCCGGAGCGGGCUGGGGGGGAAAAAACCCGAGAGCCUGGUUCGGUGCCUUUUCCUCUGACCCCGGCCGGCACCCCCCUCCCCUUCCUCCCCGCCCCUUCCCCUCCCCGACCCUGCCCUCCCCCUUGUCCCGGGAUCACGCUGUCGCACCCACCAUGAUGGAAGACGACGGGCAGCCCCGGACUCUAUAUGUAGGAAACCUAUCCAGAGAUGUUACAGAAGUCCUCAUUCUUCAGUUAUUUAGUCAGAUUGGACCCUGCAAAAGCUGUAAAAUGAUAACAGAGCAUACAAGCAAUGACCCAUAUUGCUUUGUGGAAUUUUAUGAACACAGGGAUGCAGCUGCUGCAUUAGCGGCUAUGAAUGGGAGAAAAAUUUUGGGAAAGGAGGUCAAAGUAAACUGGGCAACAACACCAAGUAGCCAGAAAAAAGAUACUUCCAAUCACUUCCAUGUAUUUGUUGGGGAUCUGAGUCCAGAAAUAACAACAGAAGAUAUCAAAUCAGCAUUUGCCCCUUUUGGUAAAAUAUCGGAUGCCCGAGUAGUUAAGGACAUGGCAACUGGCAAGUCCAAAGGCUAUGGUUUUGUAUCUUUUUAUAACAAACUGGAUGCAGAGAAUGCAAUCGUGCACAUGGGAGGCCAGUGGUUGGGUGGCCGGCAGAUCCGCACUAACUGGGCCACUCGGAAACCCCCUGCCCCAAAGAGCACACAAGAAAACAACACUAAACAGUUGCGAUUUGAAGAUGUAGUAAAUCAGUCAAGUCCAAAAAAUUGUACUGUCUACUGUGGAGGAAUUGCUUCUGGGUUAACAGAUCAGCUUAUGAGACAGACAUUCUCACCAUUUGGACAAAUUAUGGAAAUAAGAGUUUUUCCAGAGAAGGGCUAUUCAUUUGUCAGAUUUUCUACUCAUGAAAGUGCAGCCCACGCUAUCGUGUCGGUGAAUGGUACGACGAUUGAAGGGCAUGUUGUUAAAUGCUAUUGGGGUAAAGAAUCUCCUGAUAUGACUAAAAAUUUUCAACAGGUCGACUAUAGCCAGUGGGGCCAGUGGAGCCAAGUUUAUGGAAACCCACAACAGUAUGGACAGUACAUGGCAAAUGGGUGGCAAGUGCCACCCUAUGGAGUGUAUGGACAGCCAUGGAAUCAGCCAGGCUUCGGAGUAGAUCAAUCACCUUCUGCUGCGUGGAUGGGUGGAUUUGGUGCUCAGCCUCCCCAAGGACAAGCUCCUCCCCCUGUAAUACCUCCUCCUAACCAAGCUGGAUAUGGAAUGGCAAGUUACCAAACACAGUGAGCUGGGACUCUGAGCAAAAUUGUAACUCAUGAUGGGCUUCAGUUCCUUGUGACGCUAUGAAGACAUGAAAGUAGACACCGGGAAAAAGGAAAAUAUUUAUUUUAAGAAUUGAAAUGUUUGGAACCUUUAGCACAGCUUUGCUUUGGUGAUGGACACAUGUCUUCUAGUUCUGCCUUUUUAAGUUUUUGUUCAUGAUGGAUAUGAACAUGAUUUUUCUUUGUGUACAAAA